AUGGUAGGUGUUGAGGAUGCUAAGGAGACGCUUGAAGACCCUGUAGAGGAUUCAGUCGCUGUGACCCAAGAAGAAAGCUCGCAACCCAGCUCGGAAGAGGACUCUGGUGAUGAAUUGGAAGAUGGGCCUCCCUUACUCAAGUAUACUAGGUUUGACAAAAAACUGCCACCAAACUUCUUUCAGAGGGAUUCAAUCUCUGCCAUGUUGCUCACCGAUAAUUUUUUUGCAUUUGGGACUGAAGCAGGGAUUCUUCACCUCACUGAUAAGUAUUUUAAUACAUUAAAGACAUUUAAAUGCCAUAGAUCCUCAAUACGGAAGAUCUCAACAGACUUCGUGCAAAAUAAGUAUUUUGGUACCGCAUCUCUCGAUGGGACGGUGGUCAUUGGAGAGUAUGCUAACCCAUCGAAUACUACCGUGGCUUAUGACUUUAAGAGACCAGUGAACUCGUUGGUGCUAGAUAAGGAUUAUGAAAGGAAUAAAAAUUUCAUCUCAGGUGGUACUGCUGGAGAUGUAGUUCUAUCGCAAAGAAACUGGUUGGGAAACAGAUUGGAUGUAGUUCUGAACUCAGAAGAACAUAGAUUGCAUCAGCAUUCAAAAAAUUUGAGUGCUGAUAAAAUAUUAGAGCUGAAUUAUAUAAAUGAUGUUUUGAUUUGGUUUAACAAUAACGGAAUCACCUUUUAUGAUAUAUAUUCUAAGACUACUUUACUAAACAUUCCAUUUCCAAUGGAAGGUGAGGGAGAACAGACAAGAUCAGAUUUGUACAAACCAUAUUUGCAUGUAUCGGACACAGACAGAAUAAUUAUAGGAUGGUAUAAAUACAUCUGGAUAUUAAAAAUAUCCGUUUUGAAAUUAUCUUACAAUAAUUCUAAGGAUAAAAGUAGUCCUAAUGGUACUUCUAGAUCUUCCGUUGCAUCUUCCUCGACUGGUUUUGUACCAUCAAAGAUAUUUAAUGAACCAAAGAAUAUCAGUACAUUCUUAUCGAAUGCAGCUUCAUCUUUAAAAGCAACACCUGAUAAAAAAAUUGAACUUGAGGUAAACUUCAAUAUAGAUUUCCUAAUCAGUGGUAUUUCAUCAUUUAAAGACGAUCAACUAUUAGUUUUGGGCUUUGAAAAUUAUUCUACGCAAGAUUAUAGAAAAAGAAUAAUAACUCCUCCAGAAAUCAAGAUUCUAAGUAUGGUAGAUGGGAGGGAAGAAAUGAGCAACGAAAUAAUAGUUAAAGAUUAUAAGAGUCUUUCGAUAAAUGACUUUUAUUUAGCAAAAUAUAUUGAUGAUUUAACAACAUGUUAUUAUCUGAUUUGUCCAACGGAUGCUAUUUGUAUUCAAGAACUUACUUUAAAGGAUCACUAUGAUUGGUACGUUAAAAACAAGAUGUAUCUAAAAGCAUGGGAAAUUGGUGAAUAUGUAACUGACGAUUAUGAACGUUUCAAAGUUGGUUUACUGUAUCUUCAAGAUAUCUUAGAUAGUGAUAAUAAUGAACAUUUAGCUAAAAUGAUUAAUUCUAUUUUAAACUAUCGAAAAUUGGAUAAUAUUCAAGAUGGUGAAUUGCUACAAAAUAUUAAAGAUGAAUGGAAAAAACAUAUUUUACAUUUUGCUAAAAAUGGUGAAUUGUCUUUAAUUAUUAAUUAUAUCCCAACUUACUACAACAUCGGAGUUGAUACAUAUGAUAUUGUCUUGGACUCGCUUUUGAAAGAAAAAGAUUUUACUGGAUUGUUAGCUUUAUUAGAAAAUUGGCCUCCAGAUUUAUAUAACAGGAAAUUGCUAACUGAUAAUGUAGAACAAUUAAUUCAAUUACAAGACACAGAUAAUGUUGAAUAUAGAAAACUAGUAAUUUACUUAUAUUCAAAAGAGGAAAAAUAUUCAAAAGCUAUACCUCAUAUGCUAAUAAUUAAUGACUUGAACGCUUUGGAUAUACUAAUUUCUCAUGAUAUAGUCUCCCAAUUUAUGAACGAUAUAGUACGAAUAGUUUUGCUACCUUUUAAUAAUGAUAUUAAAAAAUUUGAUGAAUUGGCACUGGGUGAAGUAGAAUUAUUAUUAACCAAACCAAUCCAAAUAUUGGUAAAAAGUAAAGACACACUGGAUCUUAAAAAGCUCAUAGAUGCUUUCAGUGAACCAAAAUCUCUUCAAAUUGUCAAUUUCUUAUUCUUAAAAGAGAUAUCUAACUUCGACCCAAACCUGACAAUAGCAUAUGAGGAUUACAUGAUCCAACUGUAUUUUAAUUACAGCAAAUCAGAAGUCCUUUACGUUUUUAAAAGAAAAUCAGAUUAUAAUAUUGAAAAUGCUAUUGAUAUAUGUAUGAAGAAUGGUGAUGCUGUAGAAGAACUGAUAUAUUUGUGGGGAGAAGCAGGUGAAACAAAGAAAGCACUUUCUUUAAUAAUUGAUGAAUUGAAUGAUCCUACAACUGCUAUCGAGUAUGUUAAUAGUUGGGGUGAUGUGGAACUAUGGGAAUUUUUAAUAGGUUACAGUUUAGAUAAGCCAAGUUUUGUUAAAGCUUUGUUAAAUUCGAAUGAUAAAUUUGGUGAAACUUAUGCUGAAGUGAUAAAAGGAAUGCCUGAUACAAUGGAAAUAGAAGGAUUUUCUGUUAUUAUUAACAACAUUUUAAAAGAUAAUACACUCUCUGAAAGUGCCUUAAAAAAUAUUUUUAAGAUUAUCGAUGAUGAAACAAUAUCAUGUUCGAUGGAUUACAUGCGAAUAAAUACGAUGGGAAAGCUAUUUGAUGGAGAAGCAGAUAAAUAG